AUGGUUGAACUUGUUCGAACCGCGUCGAACCUCCCGACUCACCAGGAACUGGAGCACCUUCUAGAGACGCUCCGCGGAUGUGGCCGCCAGGUAAGCUUUCGUGCGGAAGUGGCCAACACCAUGAACUUGACGAGGCUGGUAAACUCGGGCUGCCUGAUGCUGCACUACGCGGGCCAUGGCAACGGCGAGUACCUGGCCUUCGAAUCGACCACUGAGUGGAUGUGCGGGAUCAUGGAGCCUCUCAAGGUGGAAUAUCUAGAGAACCUGUUCCGGGUGGGUGGGAUCGUGCAGACGCAGCUGGUGUUCAUCGGCUCGUGUUCCUCGGAAGUGAGCGGUAACGUCUUCGUAGCGGCAGGCGUGCCGCACGUCGUCGCCGUCAAGCACAACUCGGGGGUAACAGACGGGGCGGCCCGGGAAUUCGCGACCGUCUUCUACGACGCGCUCAUCAAGCACGAGGUCACCGUGAAACGGGCCUUCGACACGGCGCUCAUCUGCAUCAACGCCCACCGCUGCCCACCCAAGCACGAGGAGGACCUGUUUCUCCUCCUACCCAAAGGCGAGGAGAAGUCUUUUGGCUGCUGUACCGCAGAGCGUUUAAGAUUGGGGCGGUUUCAGCACGCCCCGUUCCAGGAAGACCAGCCAUUCGUGGUUGAGCAUGUUGGUGGGAAGCUGGUAGACGAGACCCGCCAGGUGCCCCCCCGCCCCCCCUGCAAGAAGGCUGUGUCAUCCUACAUGGGUCUAGUGAGGGUCCAGUUCGUGGUCAGGUUGUUGCUGGACCCACAAACGGUGUGCGUAACCGUCACCGGCGAGCCCGGGUCCGGCAAGACGGAGCUGGCCAUCCAGGCCUGCGACUACGUGCGGGAGAGGCACCACUUCGAUUCCUUCCUGUGGGCGGACUGCGACAAGGCCGCCCUCGACGCCUGCCCCGAGACCUUCUUCGUCAUCCCAAACUCGCCCAACGGCGCGUCUGGAGACUCGGUCUCCUUGGAGGACCUCUGCCGGCUGAUCGGGGUCGCCAUCGGCAUGCCCCAGCCUGGACCGAGCACUGCGAAUGAGUUGCAUCAGUUCAUCUUCAAGAACCCCAACACCGAUUCGGGGCAGCCUUUCCAGAAAGUCCUACUGGUGCUGGACAAUGUCGACUCACUUUUCGAGCGGGACGAAGACGCCCAGGACCGUCUCGUACAUCUCCUGAGCGACCUCUGCUCCAUGGGCGGCGGAGGCCACCUGAAGCUUCUCGCGACGAGCGAGUACAAGCUGCUGAGAGGCAACGGGUACUUCCGCGGCGGCUCCGAGAUGGUGGCUACCGUCAAGCCUCUGAAGAUGCAGCACGCCUCCGAAUUGCUGAUGGACAACUCCCCGCGGGACUUGCAGCCGGAGGAGCUCGGUCUCCAGAGCGGUGGCUUCUCGAAAGCCGAUGUCGUGAGCGCCGUGGAGAAUCACCCGGUCCUCAAGGAGGUGUUGAAGAUUGCGGGGGGUCACCCGGGGACGCUGGUGCGGCUUGCUCCGGUACUCCUUCACGGGUCUCUGAACGACGCUCGCAAGCUGAAAGAGGUGGCGACUAAGUGCCGUGCGAGCUUCAGAGACAAAUCGUACCGGCAGAGAGGGCACCGACGCUCCGGCUCCUGCACUUCUGCAGGCAGCAGCAACGUCGCGAGAGAGUUGAGCGAGGCCGGCAGCUCCCUGGGCACAAGCGCCCCCACUAGUAGAUCCCCGCACGGUUCCCCUGCUCCGGCAACGCCUUCUCAGCGCCCGGCAAUGGGAAACGCAUUUAGCGAGGACGCCGGCCACCGGCGAGACCGGAGAUGCGUCUCCUUGAAUCGCACAAACAGUAGCAUCGACGGCAGCGGCGGAGGCGGAGGCGGGGCGGCGGCGGCGUGGGGAACACGCCCCACCCGGCCAUCGCCGCCGAUGCCAGACGAAGAAGACGGAGGGGAAGGCCGCCCGAGGCCCCACAGCGGUAACGUGGGGAGUCAUGGCAGCCUUGAACGGCAUGACUGGCUGCAGUCUUGUGUACACCAGUUAUCCCUGGAGCGCCAAGACGAAGUCAACGGGAUGCACCGCCGCCAGAUGCUGGCGCGGGAGGCGCUCGAAGAGCAGCCCGAACUUCCCCAGAUGAAUACGGAAAUGCAGCACGCCUGGGACAUGGCGGAGGCGGCCCGGGUCGAGCGAGGCAGUCGCCUCGUGUGGGCCAAUGCCACUUCGUACAUGGUGGAUGACCGGCGACGAAACAAGGGCUGCGGCGGUGGGGGGUGGGGCGUGGGGGGGCGCUUGAAGUUGGGGGAAGCCGUGCCGUUGAAGUACCUCCUGGAGAGCCUACGGUGGCAUCUGGAUGUACGGAUGACUGUCCCUUGCAGCAGCAGCAGCGGCGGCCGCCACGACCCCUUGGAAGGUACCCAUUACACCUAUCUCGAUGAUGGGGAGGAGGUUGACUUCGAGGAAGUCGAGGCUGACGACCACGACGCGGAGGAUGAGGAGGACCAGGAGCGGGCGGCAGGGGAGGGGAGAAGGACCGGAAACAGGCGCAUGAGGCCGAUGCGUCACGCCACGCGCGUCUUGGAUGAGCGACAGUUGGGCUUCAUCCGCAGCAUCCUUCGCAAGAAUCAGAAGUUGGCCAAGGCCGAGGCAAACACGCAGGAUAGCACGGCGUGCGAGUUGGACGGUCUUGAGGACCCUAUCUCGGUCGGAACGUUCUCGCGGUUCUCGCAGUGGUGGACUCCACUGAUGGUGACGCUGGGGAACAUCAGGAACGACUGGGCGAGGAUUUGGCCCAUCAGGGUGCAUGGGUUCAUCGGCAGGCACGAGGCGCAGGCGCUGCUCAGGAUGAAGCCCACGGCGUUCUUGCUGAGGUUCAGUGAGAGACACCCCGGGAAGCUGGUCGUCAGCCGCGCGUGUCAUCACCACUCCCUCGUGGAGGUGACAGAGGGAGGCCAGUGCUUCAUGGAGGUUGACAAACGGGGGACCAGGCGCAAGUACGAAUCGCUGCACGACCUCGUGACUCAGAACUCGCUGCUCAGGCAGCUCUACCCGGACAUCCCGAAGGAGCAGGUCUUCAAAGGAAAAGCUCCAGCGGCGCCAGAAACAGAGACAGAGGGGACACCGGAGGCGCCAAGAGGAAACGGUUACGGGUGGUGUGCCACAAGUUGAGGCUUCCAACACUAAACGGUGUUGGGAGGGCGACGGCGCUUCUUUUGUUGCCCCCCCGUAGGAGUGGCAAGCAAGAACAACAUUCAAGUGCUAGACUAGUUUACGCCGAGGUAAUGCCGCCAUUCUACUGCCGACGCAGAGGCAGGAAUUGUGUCUGGCGCGCAAUGUAUAUGAGGGUUGCCGGCGACGGUUCGAGCCCGAGUCGUGUGUUAAUUUAAUUUGGUUGUUUUCUCUCGUCGGCACGUGCUGAUAACCGUGGCAACGAGAAGGGGUAUUUGUUCGAGUUUGACGAGAAGUCGGGGCCUUUCGCAACAACGGCUGACGAUGACACGUGUCACUGGGAAACAGCACGUUGUUUCUAGUAUAGAUAGGUGAUAGUUUGGAUGCACGUGCUAUGCGUAAGCAUGAGCAUGCGCUUUUGCAGAAGAUCAGCCUGUUCACAGCCGGAGUGUGCCAGUCUUGCCUCCUUGCGUGAAAAGCCCCCUAAUAUUUGAUACCCUAGUCUUGCGAGGCAGAUUCCCAUCCAUGCGGCCGGGAAACCGAUGGAAAAGGGGGGUUGUUCGCUCGCUCUUGUGUGGGUUCGUAACGCUUCAGUUAAUCUCGAAGAAACGCACGUGUUGUCCUAACGUCUCAACCUGCGAGAGUACAAGCAAGGGUAUGUCGAGCAGCAUUUUUUUGUUCAGCUGGUGUUGAUAAUUCGCUGUAUCCGGAAGCAAAGCACAGAGGGCAUGAUGAGUGGUGCAUCUGAGUGUGUUGCGUCAUACAUGCGGUGUUGCCUGAGAGUUGAGACACCCUUGCCAGUGGCCCGUCGAUUCACGCGUUUGAAAGCAGAGUGUCUUAAGCUCGAUAUUUUUUGGAUACUUCCUCCGUGACUGUUGUUGCCAAGGUUACAUUGUUCCUUUUGUUUUCACUUGACCACGAUCACAACGUUUACUUUUUGGUGGGUAUUGUACAUGUUCGUUGCGUUGGUCUGUUACAAUAUUUUUGUUGUUGCAAUACUUUGUUGCGCCCAAUGGCUCGUUGCGCGGAGGGUAGUCUCUUCUUGUUGCCUGUUGGUGUGGUUAAAGUGCUCCUGCGUCCUCCCUGCAUGCAUGUGUGCAAUGAGCAAAAGGAGGGCAGCAAGCCUCAAAAUGUCUUCUCACCACCCCGCGAUCUCGGUAACGGUUGCUUUAAGCCCCCUCCCCCUUUGUUGAGUUCGCGUUGCCCCUCCCACACAUCCUAAGAAUCCGAGGCGUAGGUUCACGUGACUCGAUACAUUGUUCUAGCAGCAGAUCCGAACAAAUUGCCAUGAAUUUGGGUGCCGUCAUUUGUUUCGCUCAGUAUCGCUGAAGUCCCACGUGGGUGAUGGCGGGGGUGUACUCCUAGUCGUGGAUGCCGUGUCGUUAGACCAUUGACC